AUAAGACAGAACUCAACUUCAUUAGUGAACGCAACAGAAUAAUCACCUAUCGUUCAAAAGACUGUGCCAUCAAAUAUCAAAAUGAACAGAGAAAAAAUAGGAAUUAUAGGAAGUGGGCUUAUUGGGCGAAGCUGGUCAAUGCUGUUCGCGGCGGCGGACUUCGAUGUCGAAAUGUACGACAUUGACGAGAAACAACUGCAGGGCGCCAUGGCGGAGGUGCGCACACAGCUGGCGGAACUUGAGCGGCUCGGCCUCCUCCGUGGAAAACUGAGCGCGGAACAGCAGUUCAGCAACAUCCGGACCACCAGCGAGUUCGAAGAUUGUGUGCGGGGUGCAUUCUAUGUUCAGGAAUGUGUUCCGGAAAACAUAGAAUUAAAAAACGCUGUGCACACGCGGGCUGAUGCCGUCAUGAGUGAUACAUGCAUCCUGGCGUCCUCAACCAGCGCGCUACUUCCGUCACGCCUGGCCGCCGACAUCAAACACAAGAACCGGUUUAUUGUAGCGCAUCCGACGAACCCACCGUUCUACGCGCCGCUGGUGGAGCUGGUACCCAGCCCGUGGACGGACAGUGACGUUGUUCCCAGCACCAAGGCGCUCAUGGAGAAGAUAGGCCAGGUACCAGUCGUCCUCAAGAAGGAGAUUGAGGGGUUCGUGCUUAACCGGAUACAGUACUCCAUCAUGCGGGAGGGAUGGGGGCUCAUAAAGGACGGCAUUGUUGAUGUUGACGGCAUUGACAAGGUGAUGAGCGCGGGGCUUGGGCGUCGCUACGCUUUCAUGGGGCCCUUUGAAACCGCACACCUUAACGCAGACGGCAUGAAAAAUUACGCAGAUCGGUACGCCACGAUGAUCGAGGGCGUCAUGUCGACGCUCAAGUCCAACGACCGGUUCGGAGGGCCGGUGCUGGAACAGAUCCGCACGGAGCUGGAGGCCCGUAUCCCUCUGUGUGACCUCCAAGAGCGGAGACAGUGGCGCGACCGCCGCCUUGCCGCGCUCACGCAACUUAACCAGCGCAUUGACGCUGAGGACGCUAAAUAAUUUGUAGGGAAAACAAAAACACGUGUAUUUCAUUGUCAUCUCUUGUUUUGUUAUAAAAUCUAUUAUAUGG